UAAAGUGACAAAAAGACAAAAACAACUAAAAUGUGUCAUUCUUGUUUGUCAGUCGAUUCCCGCGACUCUCUAAACAAGAACCGGUUCGCACGAGUCGACUCAUUUGGUGAAUCGAAUCAUCUCAACUCUCCUCUCCUCUCCUGACAGCAUCCUGUGCGCUGAACACCGCGCAGCUCGGCUCGGGCUGCCUCCCUUCAUCUGUAUCGGGUUGUUUUCAUGUUGUUUGAUUUGUAUCACGUGCUUCAGGAAUUUCGGCUCUCCAGGCUUCAGUGGUACAGAAGGAUGAUGAUCGCUUUCAGGAGAAACACUCUGCUCCUGCUUUUCCUCCUCCUCCAGGCGCACGAGUGUCUAUCGUCUAAAGGAGAGGACAGGCUGUUCCGCCGGCUCUUCCGGAAGUAUAAUCAGUUCAUCCGGCCGGUGGAGAACGUGUCGGACCCGGUGACGGUGGAGUUUGAGGUCUCCAUCUCUCAGCUCGUCAAAGUGGAUGAAGUCAAUCAGAUAAUGGAGACCAACCUGUGGUUACGACAUAUAUGGAACGACUACAAACUGAAAUGGUCUCCGGCAGAAUUUGACGGCAUCGAGUACAUCAGGGUUCCAUCCAAUAAGAUCUGGAGGCCUGACAUUGUGCUCUACAACAAUGCUGUGGGUGACUUCUUGGUGGAAGACAAGACUAAAGCUCUGCUGAAGUACGAUGGCACCAUCACCUGGGUCCCUCCAGCCAUCUUCAAGUCCUCCUGCCCGAUGGACAUCACCUACUUCCCGUUUGACUACCAGAACUGCUCGAUGAAGUUCGGUUCGUGGACGUACGACAAGGCCAAGAUCGACCUGGUGCUGAUUGGCUCCAGGGUCAACGUCAAGGACUUCUGGGAGAGCGGCGAGUGGGAGAUCAUCGACGCGCCAGGCUACAAGCACGACAUCAAGUACAACUGCUGUGAGGAGAUCUACACGGACAUCACGUACAGCUUCUACAUCCGCCGCCUGCCUCUGUUCUACACCAUCAACCUCAUCAUCCCGUGCCUCCUCAUCUCUUUCUUGACCGUCCUCGUCUUUUAUCUUCCGUCGGAUUGUGGCGAGAAAGUGACGCUCUGCAUUUCCGUCCUCCUCUCCCUCACCGUCUUCCUCCUGGUCAUCACCGAGACCAUCCCUUCCACUUCUCUCGUCAUCCCCCUGAUCGGCGAGUACCUGCUCUUCACCAUGAUCUUCGUCACGCUCUCCAUCGUCAUCACCGUCUUCGUGCUCAACGUGCACUACCGCACUCCCACCACGCACGCCAUGCCUUCCUGGGUGCGAACCGUCUUCCUGCGUGCCCUGCCCAGAGUUAUGCUGAUGAGACGUCCCAUGGACCAGUCGGAAUCCUCCGGAAAAGCCGGUUUGCCCGAGGGAUCGUCUGCGGAUGGGGACGGGAAGAAACGGAAGAACAGUUGCAGCAACUGUUUGGAGUUCGGCGAGGGGAAAGCGAGGGAGGGGGAGGUGAAGAAAGGGGCGUGUCCGCGCCAUCCGACGAAAGAGCCCGCCGAAGGGGAUUGUGGGAAACCGAGUCGGCAGCUGAGCGCCGUUAACACCGUGGUGGCGUUUUCGGUAGUGUCGCCUGAAAUCAAGCAGGCCAUCGAGAGCGUCAAGUACAUCGCAGAGAACAUGAGGAGCCGCAACAAGGCGAAAGAGGUGGAGGAUGAUUGGAAGUACGUUGCCAUGGUAAUCGACCGAAUCUUCCUGUGGGUGUUCGUGCUGGUGUGUGUUCUCGGAACAAUGGGACUCUUCCUCCAGCCUCUCAUCAGUUUCUUCGCAUGACAGCUGACUGGAUCGCACGUUCCGCUCGCUCGGAUUCAACCGAUCACCCGAGUCACUGACACACGAGUUUCUAAACGCAUUUCUAAAUUUCUAAAUCACCGAGAAGAAACGGAGGACGUAUACUCUCGCAUUCUGACCGCUUUACUCCAACCAAAUCGGAUGUAACAAAAAGCGUGUUUUUGUUUAUUUUUUUAAACCAAACUAACGUGGAAAUGUUUCUAUUUACAUUGCUUUCUCUUAUCUCACCACCUGCCUGCAAAGGAGCCGGUUUAACGAACACGGCGGUAAUGCGUCUAAAACCGAGCUAGCUAAUUGUGAUUCCUUCACGCCAUGAAUGUCAAGCUGUUGGAAAGCUACACUGUAUGGCCGAAAGUAUUGAGUUCCAUCCACCCGGGUACACCCGGGACAGGGUGCUAAUCCAUCACGUACGCGUUCACAUCCCAUUCCAAAUCCAUGCGUAUUAACACGGAGUUGGCCUCCACAUUACAGCCUCCACUCUUCUGUGAAGGCUUUCCACAAGAUUUUGGGAAUCUGUGCCCGUUUAGUGGCAUGCGCUACUUCAGCUGGCGCCUCAAUCGCAUACACAUUCACACACCCACCCGCUCGUACGCUACGGACGCGCCGAUCAGCCGUGCAUGUCUUUGAAAGCCUUCCCAGAAGAGUGGAGGCUGUAAUAGUCGUAAAGAGGGAGCCGACUCCAUAUUGCUGUUCUCUUUGCAGACGAGAGACACGCCGUAUUUCAUUUCAGGAAAGUCUUUCGUUUUAAGAACGAUCGAAAGUCGUUUUUUCCCCCCCGUAUAGAUCCCAACAGCUUGACGGGUCGGGCCGAAAUCAGUGGCGUCGAACCUUCGCCCUAACCAGACGACCUGCUGAUCUCUACUCAGGAAAAUGAAAGGUCGUUUUCACACUUAAAUAUUUAUCUCUUUUUGCUCCACAAGUCAGGUACGUUUUGGCGACGUGCGAAAACUGCCUCCGGGUUUGAGAGCGGCCCGGAGAUCCGACUCCUCGUCCUCUUGAGAACGGCGGUCUACGAUCCGCUUCAACCAAACGGCGAUUUGGUCCGAGUCACGUGACCGUGGAAGCCGCCCACUUAGAACACGCUUAGUUCGACUUACUUCCUGUUUCGAGUCUCAUAAUGGUCUGAUAACGACUCCUGCACGAUCCCAAAAGUUCUGCCCCCCCCCCCCCCCCACUACCCCCCACCCCAUCUCAGUCUCCGAGACGUCUGUAAUCCCUAUCUCGACGUUUACGAAAGCACAAUGUUCUUGUUUGCAGCUGUUUGUACGUCUGUAAAUCCGUUUUUCUUCACUGAUGUCCUUGAAUUAAACGAAUUCCG